AUGCUGCCCUUCCUCCGUCCAUUAGGUCCGCCGCGGCCAGCAACCCUCGCUCGCUUCCUCCGCUUCUCCACCACCUCACAAUGCCACGAAGCAGCAGCGCCUGCAGAGGAUCGCAAUCUCCGCGCCUCGCGGACCGCCGAAGAAUCAUACCCUCCAUCAAACAUGCGCUCCAACCCACGACCCAAGAUCUCCAAGGCGUCGCGCAGGACAGCUCAUCCCACAAAACUCCGCCACUACCCAACGCGACGGCCUUCUCAUCAUCAGCCUGAACCUCCCACUUUGAUCCCAAAACCUGUCGAAGCACUCCCCGCCGAGCAAUGCGCGCCCAACUUGCCGUAUUUUGUCACGAGGAGUGCGAAUCAUGAAUUACCCGUGUAUACACUACGGAAACGAGGAGGGAAUCUGUUGAUGACGAGGAUCAAAAAAGUGGACGGGGAUAGGUUUGUGCUGAGGGAUGAGUUGAAGCAGGUUCUGAAGAAGAAGGAGGUUGUGGUCAAUGGUAUUACGGGACACAUUAUGAUCAAGGGACACGUGAAGCCCUUGGUGGAGAAAUAUCUGAAGGAGAGGCUGUUCUGA